CGCCGAGGCGUCCGCGCUCGCCCUGCGUCCUGUGCCUGCGGGUGGAAGGGGAGCGGAAUUGCUCUGGUCGACCGCGUGAGGCGGAGGCUGCGGGCUCGGGCAGUAGGAAUAUGGUUAUGAAGGCUUCUGUAGAAGAUGAUGAUUCAGGAUGGGAGCUCAAUAUACCUGAGAAGAUGGAAAAGAGUAAUACAAGCUGGAUAGAUAUUACCCAUGACUUUGAAGAUUGUUGUAGAGAGCUGAAGUUGGGAGAGUUACUUCAUGACAAACUCUUUGGUCUCUUUGAAGCUAUGUCUGCAAUUGAAAUGAUGGACCCCAAGAUGGAUGCUGGUAUGAUUGGAAACCAAGUUAACCGAAAAGUUCUUAACUUUGAACAAGCUAUCAAGGAUGGUACUAUUAAAAUUAAAGAUUUGUCCUUGCCGGAGCUAAUAGGAAUAAUGGACACUUGUUUUUGCUGCUUGAUAACAUGGUUGGAAGGUCAUUCUUUGGCUCAGACUGUAUUCACUUGCCUUUACAUUCAUAAUCCAGACUUUAUAGAUGAUCCUGCCAUGAAGGCAUUUGCUCUGGGGAUCCUAAAAAUUUGUGAUAUUGCCAGAGAAAAAGUAAACAAAGCUGCAGUGUUUGAAGAGGAAGAUUUUCAGUCUAUGACAUACGGAUUUAAAAUGGCAAACAGUGUGACAGAUCUUCGAGUUACAGGUAUGCUGAAGGAUGUUGAAGAUGACAUGCAACGACGAGUUAAGAGCACUCGAAGCCGACAAGGAGAAGAGAGAGAUCCAGAAGUGGAACUUGAGCAUCAACAGUGCUUUGCAGUAUUCAGCAGAGUGAAGUUUACCCGGCUGUUACUGACUGUAUUAAUAGCCUUUACCAAAAAAGAGACCAGUGCAGUUGCAGAAGCUCAGAAACUGAUGACUCAGGCAGCUGAUUUGCUUUGUGCUAUCCACAACUCUUUGCAUCGUGGCAUUCAGGCUCAGAAUGACACAACAAAAGGCGAUCAUCCUAUUAUGAUGGGGUUUGAACCUCUUGUUAAUCAGAGAUUGCUUCCUCCAACUUUUCCUCGAUAUGCAAAAAUAAUUAAAAGGGAAGAAAUGGUCAACUAUUUUUCAAAACUUAUAGACAGAAUAAAAACAGUGUGUGAAGUUGUCAAUUUAACUAAUUUGCACUGUAUAUUGGACUUUUUCUGUGAAUUCAGUGAACAGUCACCUUGCGUUCUUUCAAGAUCACUCUUACAGACUACCUUUCUUGUGGAUAACAAAAAAGUAUUUGGCACUCACCUUAUGCAAGAUAUGGUAAAAGAUGCCCUGAGAUCUUUUGUCAGUCCUCCAGUUCUUUCACCUAAGUGUUGUCUUUAUAACAAUCACCAGGCUAAGGAUUACAUAGACUCUUUUGUCACACACUGUGUUCGACCAUUCUGUAGUUUAAUUCAGAUUCAUGGGCACAAUAGAGCGCGUCAAAGAGAUAAACUUGGUCACAUUCUUGAAGAAUUUGCUACUUUGCAAGAUGAGGCAGAGAAGGUGGAUGCAGCACUUCAUAGUAUGCUACUGAAACAAGAGCCCCAGAGGCAGCACUUGGCAUGCUUGGGCACCUGGGUCCUUUACCACAACCUUCGCAUCAUGAUCCAGUAUCUUCUGAGCGGAUUUGAGCUGGAGCUGUACAGUAUGCAUGAGUAUUACUAUAUCUAUUGGUAUCUCUCUGAGUUUCUCUAUGCUUGGUUAAUGUCAACACUCAGUCGUGCUGAUAGCUCUCAAAUGGCAGAAGAAAGAAUAAUGGAAGAGCAGCAGAAAGGGCGGAGUAAUAAGAAAACAAAGAAAAAGAAAAAAGCUCGUCCUUUGAGCAGAGAAAUCACCAUGAGCCAAGCCUAUCAAAACAUGUGUGCUGGGAUGUAUAAGACUAUGAUUGCUUUUGACAUGGAUGGCAAAGUGAGAAAGCCAAAGUUCGAACUCGAUAGUGAGCAAGUUCGGUACGAACACAGGUUUGCACCAUUCAACAGUGUCAUCACUCCACCACCUGUACACUAUUUGCAAUUCAAGGAAAUGUCUGAUCUAAACAAAUACAGUCCUCCUCUUCAGUCUUCCGAUCUCUACAUGGCUGCUAGCAAACACUUCCAGCAAGCUAAACUGAUACUAGAGAAUAUCCCUAAUCCAGACCAUGAGGUCAACCGAAUUCUUAAGGUUGCUAAACCCAAUUUUGUGGUUAUGAAGUUGCUGGCAGGAGGUCACAAAAAGGAUUCUAAAGUUCCUCCAGAAUUUGACUUCUCCCCUCACAGAUACUUCCCAGUAGUGAAGCUUGUUUGAAAGUUCAAGGGAUUAGAACAGAUGAACUGUAAAUUGCUAACAGAGUUUCCUUGGGUAAACUCUUUUAUACUGUGCUAAAAAGGGACAAUGGUGCUCUUAGACAAAAAUACUGCUGUAUUGAGAGUAACUUUAUUCUCACUUCCUUACAAUAGCCCAAUGACAACUGCUGUUUUAAAGUGGUUUGUGUAAUGUUCUGCUGUUGGAACUGAUUUUAUCAACUACAUCGUUAAAGCAUUGUAUGUUUUGAUUUUAUUGAUUUACCUAUAAAUCAUUUUUAUGAAUGGUGUUUGAACAUUUGUAAACAUUUCAUAACAUUCUUGACCACUUUGAAAUUACAGUGAAAUAAGGGAGCUAUUAUGGUCUAAUACGUAUUGGUGAGUAAAAGCAGAAUUCAACUCUAAACAAUACAAACUAGAAUGUACUAGUUUGGCACUGCAUGUUUCUAUAGGAACUCGUUUUUUAUUUUUUAGUUUACAAGUAAUACAAAAAUGUCCCCUUUUCAGCCCUAUAGUUUGACUAGGUAUUAAUUCUGAAUGGCAUAUAAUUUGAAUCAGAAGCAUUUAAAGAAAGGGAGAAGUUGAGCACUUAUAUGAGUAUUUCAGACAGGCUGGGAAUGUCUCAUGUUUGUUUAUUUCUUUUGGCUUAGUUUCUCAUCCUGGCUUUUAAUAAGCAACAUCUAUGGUAUUAAAGAUUUUGCACAGUUUGGGAUUUUUUGGGAAGCUCUCCCACAAAUGGUUACAUUUCUUUUUCCUGUUAUCAUUUAAAAAGUCUGCUCUACACCAGCAUUUUAUUAUUAAACAAUAAAAUUGCAUUUGCCCA